AGGGGGCCGCGCGGCGGCGGCGCCGGGGCGGGCGCGCGUCCGCGGCGGUGAUGGCGGUGCGUGAACGCGCGGUGGCAGCAAUGGCCGCUCUGGAGCGGCGAGUGCCGAGUCUCGAUGACUUCGCGGGACAGAGCUGGAGCUCGUGGGUGGAGCGGGCCGACCUGCCUGCGGCAGACGGGGCUGAACUAGAGGAGAGUAGCAAAAACACGAAGAAGCUGGACGCCAUGACCCUCAUUAAAGAAGACAUGUCCAUCUUCGGGCACUGCCCCGCCCAUGAUGACUUCUAUUUGGUUGUAUGUAACCACUGCAGCCAGGUGGUGAAGCCUCAAGCCUUCCAGAAGCAUUGCGAAAGAAGACAUGGGCCCCUCAGCAAGCUUUAUGCCCGGGCCCCACCCCCACCUCCAGCCCCUGCCAGCUCUCAGAAAUGCCAUGUAGUGAAUGGGCAGGGCCCAGCUUGUAGAGCCCCAGGUUCCACCAAAACCUCCUCCAGGGAGAAGGGCCAGGGGUCCCGGAGCCGUGGCCAUCAGCCUCCUGAGAAGACCCAGAAGGACAGCCUCUGCCUUUUCGUGCCUGUGGUGAAUCUGGAGAAGAUGUCCAGUCUCCCGAAGCCCGAUGGACAUGGAAUCAGGGUGGCCCCACCCUCUGCUUUCCUCAGUCAGCCAGGAGGCCUCCCCAAGGACUCCCCUGGAAAAGUCCCCACGGCCCCCUCUCCUAAAGAACCUCCUGGCAGAGAGAACAUCGAGCUAAUCCCUGGUGAGGGCUCCAGUCACCGGGCCGAAGGCAGCCUCCCGGAGAAGGAGCCCAGUGGAGCCAGGCUUCCUCCUAAAACCCACCGAAAGAUGGCUCGGAAAGAGUUCGACCUCAACAGGCAGUGCGGGGUCAUAAAUCCGGAGACCAAGAAGAUCUGUACACGCCUGUUGACUUGCAAGAUCCACUCAGUGCACCAGCGCAGGGAGGUCCCAGGCAGGGCCAAGGACUUUGAUGUGCUAGUGGCUGAACUGAAGGCCAGCUCCCGAAAAGGAGAAUCUCCCAAGGAGAAGAGCCCAGCGCGCAAAGAGCCAGCUCCCGAGCGCCCCUCCCAGGAGCCUCCUACUGCAGUCCAGGGUGUGGCAGCAGUAGCUGCCCCCAACAAUACCUUCUCUUCUCUGUCUAAGCAGACCCACCCAUACUGCGCACUUCCCAGGUCUCAUGCCUCCUCGGAGAGUGAGGUGGAUGAUGAAGGUCCCUGUGGUGGUGAUGGGGAUCCAGGCCUAUUCCCUUUCCCUCUGCCCCGGGGUGGGGCCCAGGCCUCCAGUGAGGAAAGUGAGGAAGAGGGGACAUCUGAUGACCUCCACCUUUCCCCUGACUGCCAUUAUGCAACUCGGCCUCCUAGGCCACAGGCGUUUUGCACAUUUGGAAGCCGGCUGGUGAGCCCAGGAUGCUAUGUGUUUAGCCGCCGGCUGGACCGGUUUUGCUCAGCACUCAGCUCCAUGCUGGAACGGCAUCUCAGCUCACACAUGUGGAAGAAGAUCCCACCAGCGGCUGAGCCUCCAUCCCAUCUUGUCAGUCCAUCCUUAUCUGAUCCCCUGAGUCCAUCCUCUAUGGGCAGCUGCCCCCGACUUCCAGGCCCACCCCCCCGACCUGCCUGUCCAGCCUCCAUACCUCCCAUCAAGGACAGUCUUGUCCCUAGCUAUCCUGCAGGCUCCCCCAGUGUAGCAGCUGCCUGCAGCCAGGCAGAGUGCAUGGGCGGUAGCCAGGCUAUUACCUCACCGCUGCCUGCCAACACUCCAUCUCCGUCCUUCAGCAAGCUGCCACCUUCCAAGGCCAGCAAGUCAUCCAAAGGCAAGGAGGGGGUGGAGAUGGAGGCCCCUUCUCGAAAGCGGAAGCUAUCCCCUGGCCCUACCACUUUCAAACGGACCUGCAUCCUGGAGCCUGCUGGAAAAGGCAAACCCUCUAGCUGUCGGGGUCUCUCAACCAAGACUAAAACAGCCCUGAACUUGGGGCUUAAUGGAACAGUGGGGCCACGAGUGAAACGAGCAGGUCCCCUGGACUGUCGGGGUUCCCCUCAUUCAUCCCCCAUACCAGUCAAGGCUUCUCAGCUAGAAAACCGAGGAGUGGCUGGACACCCAGCUAAGGUCCUGCCAACCAACUGCCUCUCUGAGGAGGAGGUAGCCAAGAAGCGGAAAAACCUGGCCACUUACUGCCGGCCAGUCAAGGCCAAGCACUGUCAGGCUGUUGUCCCUCCUGAUGGGACCUGCUCUGUGCGACGCAAGAAGCCAGGCCCAGCCCUGCCCUUUGAGGAGAAGUGCUCUACACUGAAGUCAAAAGCUCAUUAACGAGAAAGUGCCUGCCCACUGCAACGGAGCCGUCAGCACCUCCUCCCCUCCAGAUCUGGGCCCCAGGCUGCUGCCGCUUUUUAUAACUUUAUAUUAUUUUUUUUAAGAAAAAAAAAACUCUAAAAUACCUCAAGACUGUCUCCCUGUUCUGUUGCUGCUAAGAAAAUAUAAAAAACAGAAACAUAGAAAAGGA